UCGCCCCCAGCAGUGACAGCACGAGUCACUUGGAAUUCGAAUCGGAUUGGAGAGCCAGGAAUAAUGCAGCGCGGGACCAAGCAAGACCAGCCCGCCUGGAGAUCUUGGCUUCAUAAAUCUCCGGUCCGCCUCAUAUGGACCGUGACCAUUGCAUUCUUCUUCAAGCACCCACUCGCACGCGCAAGCCUAUUCGCACAUCACAAAUCACAAAUAAGCCCAGAUGACAAUCUCCAAGUACUCAGCCCACCUUCUAGAGAGGGCAAGUGCGAUGGGGCGGAGAUGCCCGUUUGCUUGGCAUGCGUGGACGCCGAGGAUUUGAUGUGCCAACCACAGAUAUGUCUCAGUCCUCCUUAGUCCGGCUCAGUCCUCUUGGCCAUCCUCAAGGCUGUCUUCGCUCUGAACCCACGCUCAUCACUCGGCAUUUGCCCGUAUCCUCACCUUAGUCUCGCCCUUGGCUUACGUUGACUGUAAAAGCCGCCCGCAUUCCUUGGCGGAGCGCGCCGAACGGGUUUUAGGCUUGGUAAUCUCUGUUCGCUUGGCCAAGAACUAUCAACGUCUUGGCUCUGUGUAUAUUCAUACGCAAUAUAAGCCGCUGUUCGCAGCCCUCUUCCGCCUUGUCCCUCCUCACACCGCCUCCGUGCAAACUCAUCCAUCUUCCCCCAUGUAUCUCCGACUCAGGCAAUACGAAGAUUCCAGCCAGGAUGGCCACUUGGAUGCAGCAUGGGAGAUCGCAGUGACGGUGUCUCUCCUGGCCGUUUUUGCGCUCAUCAUUGGCACUGUCAUCUGGCACCGGCGGAGACAGCAACGAUGGAGGAAGCAGCUAGUGCAAGAGGAGGAGGAGCGGCAGCAGCGGCGAGAACGACGGGCGGCAGCGCGCGAAAAGGCACGGACACCGUCGCCUGUGCUGUCCAUGGCUUCGACUCUAGCCCAGCCGCCGCCUAUGCCUACGAAAGCUUCCGUUGAGUCGGACAUCGGACCUCCCAGAUACUACUGGAACCACCCCUGAGGCAAAUAUCGGCUGGGCAUGGGGCUGGCGACUGCUUGGCACCUUUUCCUGUCUCUGAAGCUUGUGCAUCCUGUGUCGGACCGUCAGACUUCUGCCUUCGUUGGUCGGCUGCCGCGGAAUUGCGGAGACGCAAGUACGUAACAGCGUUUCGUGGAGCGGCUAGAUGCGUACAACUGUCUCUUGGCA